UCUAUCUCGGUACAGGGGUCACCAAAUUAUCAAUUCUCUGAGUUCGCCACGUUCGCCUCAUUCACCUCGGUAAAACAGUUUUUAGGAAAAAUGGCUGCCGAUGACUGCAUUUCGACUCGAAACUAAACGUCAGAUGACUGAUACUUAUUCUCCUUCCAAAAUGUCUGCACUAAACUUGACGGUGCGUGUUCAUCCGCUGGUUUUAUUUCAAGUUGUUGACGCCUUUGAACGUCGGAAUGCUGAUUCGCAGCGUGUAAUUGGAACGCUUCUCGGAUCUGUUGACAAAGGGGUCGUUGAGGUUACGAAUUGUUUCUGCGUGCCACAUAAGGAACACGAUGAUCAAGUCGAAGCUGAACUCAGCUAUGCGCUGGACGUGUACGAAUUGAACAGAAGAGUUAAUUCGUCGGAGAACAUUGUUGGUUGGUGGGCCACCGGUCAUGAAGUCACCAAUCACAGUUCUGUCAUACACGAAUACUAUGCUCGCGAAUGCAACAAUCCGGUCCAUUUGACUGUUGACACGUCGCUCCAAGGUAACCGGAUGGGCUUGAAGGCAUACGUUUGUGUUAAUCUUGGCAUUCCGGGUGGCAAAAGCGGUUGUAUGUUUACACCGAUCAACAGUGAAGUGACGUGCUACGAACCGGAGGUUGUGGGUCUGCAAUUGUGCGAGAAGACCAUUGCCGUCCAAAGUCGUCAUCAGCCCAAAACCGUGUCGCCAAUGUUGGAUCUGGCCCAAGUAGCUGAGGCAUCAACGAAACUGUUGGCAUUGCUCGAUCAAGUGGUGGCUUACGUUGAGGACGUCAUAAAUGGCAAACAGCAACCCGAUAACUCUGUCGGCCGAUCGUUGUUGGAUUUGAUCAAUUCCGUUCCGCAUAUGUCAACCGACCAAUUUGCUGCUAUGUUCAACUCGAACGUCAAAGAUUUGCUUAUGGUGGUCACGCUGUCUCAGCUAAUUAAAACUCAACUUCAAUUGAACGAAAAACUAACAUUCUUAACAACAAAUUAAGCUGCACAAGAUGUCAACGCAUUUUCAAAUUGUAAUAAAAUUUAAAUUCAGACA